AUGCCCCUCGAGCUCGGCAAGUGCGGCUUCGAGCCCGGCAGCGAGGGCCAGAUCGUCCACACGCUCUGCACCCACGAGCAGGCGCCGGGGGGCGUCAUGAGCACCCGGCUCCUGGGCAGAGGCUGGAACGCCCGGUCCCUGCUCCAGGUGGUGGCGACAAGCCGCGCCCCGAAGAUCAGCGCGCUCAUCGAUACCGGAGCGCUGAUCACAGGCCUGACGAACUACGAGGUCGCGUGCUUCCUUCUCGGCCUCGAGGAGUCGGAGUCCUACAGGGGCUGGAAGGGCCUCGACGACUCCUACAGGGGCUGCGUCUUCAUCGACGAGAAGGAUGUCAAGAAGAUCCUGGUCAGGGCGACGAGGACGGUGCUGAAUCUUGCAGACUGUGGCAUUCCUCUGGAGGAGAGGUUCUGCUUCUACGACCAGAUCCACACCACUGGCAUGGACAUCAAGCACCGCCAGGACGCAGUGGCAGCGCUGACGCUCGGGAAGGAUAUGGUCUUCCGAGACUAUGCCCAAGGUGCCUUCCGCAUGCGAGGCAUCGGGAAGGGCCAGAAGAUCCACGUGCUCGUAAUUCCUGAGAUUCAGAAGCUGAUCCACGAAUCGCUCACUCUCGCAAACCCAAGGUCCAAGCGGCCACCAGCUGACGCAGUCGACGAAGCGCAGAGGGUUCGGGACAUCUCCGCGUGGCUCAUGAUCAACACGGCUUUCGGGGACAUCCUGCAGUUCAGCGCCCUGCAGCUCAAGGACCUGAUGAACAUCUGGCGCCUGCACGCGUUCCGGAACCUGAUGGGAGAAGGCGAUGCGGAGAUCGCUUACACGGAUCUGGCAGGGGAGGGGAUCCAGAAGACGGCAGACGUGUUCCUCGAGCUGGUCGACUUGAAGAUCUGCAGGGGCCUGCCGGAGCCCAAGAGCCUGAUGCACGUGGUGCACCAGAUGGUGCUGGACGCGGGUUUCGGCGGGCUGCUGGACGAGGACAGCAAGAAGGGCCUUCAGCGGAGGGAGGAGGGCGAGAGUGUGGCCGUGAGCUCCAGCGCGCUCGAGGACCGGGUCUUCAAGAUUGGCAACGCGACGUGCGCUGCGGGCGAGAUCUUGGCAAGGAUCAAGGAGAUGGUGUCCGGCGAGGAGAACCGAGCCGUCGAGCAGACCUUGGAGAAGGAGGAGGAGAAGGAGCAGGAGAAGAACAAGGAGCAGGCCGACGAGAAGGAGCAGGAGAAGGAGCAGGAGAUCGAGAUAGAGAAGUACGUCGACCUUGAGUACACGCGUACGGAGGAGGAACCCGUGCCGUGGCCUCUGGAAAGCCUCAAAUUGGACACCCACUCGCGGCUGCAGGUGACGAUCGCGAGCGAGGCCGACGAGUUUGCUGGACGCGGUGGAUGUCGAUGCCGUGACCUCGGACGAUUCCGACAUCUCACCCCUCCGAGUCCAGAGGCAUGUCACAUUGGGCAGCAUGGCGCUGGCGCCUCCGGACCGUCUGCGCCACCUGGCGCUCUUGACGAAGCAGGAGGAGGAAGAGGGCGCUCUCGUAGAGAGCCCGCAGAAGCCUCCCCAAGCGCUCUGGCAGGAGAGACCAGGGACCUGCUGAAGGAGCUCCGGCAGAGAACGGACUUCCCAGUCAAACUUCGCGUGGACAUCGCCUCGGUGCCCCCGUCCUUUUAUCGGUCCGCGGAGUUCAAGCUCAAUCGGCUGCAGUGCUUCCAGCAGCUGCCGCCAGACCUGCUCAUCUCGAAGAACUACUUCAAUCCGAGCUGGUCUGGCUUCCGCCGCGUCAAGAACGCCAUCAUGAUGAUGGAGUGGCUCCCAGGCGUCCUCGACGCGCGGGCGGUACUUCCUGCCGACCCCGGCGCCGACGAGGCGUGCCUGCGGCAGAUGUGGCAGACGCUGGGCAAGCAGGCCCACAGCGAGAUCAGCCGAUGGGAGCUCCGGGUCCUCCUGGCCGCCGCCUACGACGCCGAGUACGCCAGCGCGCUGAGGGAGAGCACGCCCUAUGCGGAGGCCCUGCAGAUUGUGAGGAGCCAGGCAGAGGUGAAGCUGACGAUGCACCCGCACCGCUACUUCGUGCUCGUCUCGCUCGCGGAGGCGGAGACGCUCCGGCGCAUCACGCACUGCGCGCAGGCUGGCUAUGUGCUGACGCCCACCCAGGCCACCUGGGCGCUGAAGGCCGUCGGCGACUUCGGGGCCCUCGACCAGUCUUUCGGGUUCGCCGACGUCCAGGACUACCAGCAGGCGCGUGCGCAGAGCGUGGCGCGCUUCUUCAACAGCGACACGACCUUCGGCCAGAUGGAGAGCUCAGCAUCCUGCUCCGGACCUUCCAGCCCGGCCCUCCGCGCGUGCGCCAGCGCUUCUUCGAGGUGGUCGCAGGCCUGCGCCGCCGCGGGCUCACGGACAGCUGGCGCCGGCGGCCGCUGGCGCGGCUCUUCCACAUGGCCAGCCACCAGGAGCUCGUCAUGUCGCGCGUGCGCGGGCAAGUCAUGCUCGACAGCAUGCGCUAUCGCCUGCGUCGCACCCCCGACGACCUCUUCGACGUGCUGGACGUCGACAACUCUGGCACCAUCUCCUGGAUCGAGCUGGCCUACGCCCUGA